AUGACUGCUAUUCAGAGAGCGAAGAUUAUAGAAAGAGCGCUGGAGAUCCAAUUAGUAGAAGCGAACUCUAUAAAGUUUGAAGAUUGUUGGCUUAGAGAUCAUUGUAGAUGUACUUCUUGUUACCACGCUGACACGUUCCAACGGGCUAUACACAUUUUGGAAAUACCGGAUUCUAAAAUUGUGUCCAUGGAGUACGACGAGACACAAAUCACAAUUAUAUGGGAUGACGACCACAAAUCGGUUUACGAAGCAAGUUUCUUAGCACAGUUCGAUUAUACAAAGUGGAGUGAUGGACGUAAACUCAAACCAAUAUAUUGGCAUGGCGAUGAAAUUGCUGGCAAAGUAACGAGAAUAAAUGUCGACAAGUUUCUUAACACUACGGAUGGAGCUAAAAGAGUGUUUCAGUCGCUUUUAGACUACGGAGUUGCUUUAAUAGAAGAGGUUGACGCAACCCUUGAAGCUACUGAAGUAGUCUGCAAAGCCUUAGGUGGAGUACAACACACAAUCUUUGGAGGCAUGUGGAAGUUUACCACGAGAGCAGACCACGCUGACACCGCUUAUACAAAUUUACCACUUGCACUCCACAAUGACAGUACAUACUUUACAGAAUCGACAGGAUUACAGAUUCUUCAUUGUCUUGAGCAUUCCAACGGAGAAGGUGGGGAAACUACUUUAGUUGAUGGUUUUUAUGGAGCAAAUCGUUUACGAUCUGAAAUUCCGGCUGAUUACACUUUCCUGACUACUUUCAAUAUUGAAGCGGAAUAUUUAGAGGACGGGCAUCACCACAAAUAUUCAGCGCCCAUCAUCAAGACUGACACUAAAAGUGGAGAUUUGGUGCAGAUCAGGUAUAACGUGUAUGACCGUUCGUCGAUGGCGUUUGCUAGCAGCGAUGAAUGUAGAUCCUACUACCGAUCACUCAGGAGCCUGGGCCGCUACUAUGAAGAUACUAAGAACCAGUGGCAGUUCAAAUUGAAACCAGGUACAGUGAUGGUAAUAGACAACUUUCGAGUACUUCAUGGCAGGACUGGAUUCACAGGCACGAGGAUAUUAGGUGGUAGUUAUGUGUCACGAUCUGAUUGGCUGGACAGAGCACGUGUCUUAGGUCUCAUCCAGUAAUAGACUACCUAAUUUAUGAAAUCAUAAGUUCUAUUCA